AUGAUGUGUGCUGGUAUCACCAUAAGCUUUCUUGCCACUACCAUAUUGUGGAACAAGAUAUAUAUUAUUCGCACCAAGGAGGGGACGUCCCAGUGUUCAAGGGCUAAUGUUUGCAAGCCAGUAGUUGUGGCAGGGAUGUUUAACUGCCCAAACACCACACGUAGAAAUGAAUCAUUCGAGAAGCUUGCUUCCAUGAGUCUGAUCGCGAAUAUAACUGUAUAUCUGCGAACCAAGUACAAUUUGGAAGGGGUGUUCCUGGUGAACGUGGUGAAUAUAUGGUCUGGUUGCUCCAAUUUUACCACUUUAGUUGGUGCCUUCCUCUCCGAUGCCUACAUCGGCAAAUUCCUCACCCUUCUCUUUGGUUCUGUCUUUUCCUUGUUGGGCAUGGGAAUGAUGACAUUAAGCGCAGGCAUAACCAAUCUGAGGCCGCCUGCGUGCGAGACAGACUCCAAUUGCGUGCAGCCUCGUUCAUGGCAACUGGGCUUCCUCUUCGCGGCUCUCUCACUCCUUGCAAUCGGUUCCGGCGGCAUCCGCCCCUGCAACAUCGCCUUUGGCGCUGACCAAUUCGACACAAGGACAGAAAAGGGUCGUUCCCAGCUCAAGAGCUUCUUCGACUGGUGGUACUUCUCCUUCACUGUCGCGCUCAUCUUCGCCCUCACCAUCGUCGUCUAUAUACAGACCAGUGUAAGCUGGGUCCUGGGCUUCGCCAUCCCCACUGGCUGCUUCAUCAUCUCCAUCAUCAUCUUCCUCCAUGGUCGCCACCUCUACGUCUACGUCACCCCCCGCGGCAGCGUCUUUGUCGACAUCUUCAAGGUCAUUAACGCCUCCUGGAGCAAAAGAAAACUCCCAAUCACCCUUGAUUCUAAAUUUUACGACCCUCCAACGUUGAAAUCGGACCAACAAUCCGCAUUUUCGCUCGCACUAAUCGAUCCGAGUGAAUUGAACUCCGAAGGCUUGGCGAGUAAUGAAUGGCGGUUGUGUACUAUCCAGCAAGUGGGUGUUGAAGUGUUUGGUGGGUAUUAUUCCCGUUUGGUUCACCGCCAUUGCUUGCUUCGUCGUCAUGGACCAGAUGAACACGUUCGGGAUCCUCCAGGUCAUCCAGUCAAACACCAUCGUGCGCAACUUCAAGUCCCUCCAGGGUGGAUUGGGCUUACCUCGAUGCUGACGCUUGCUUUUUGGAUCUUCGUCUUUGAGUGCGUCUACAUACCCUGCGCCAAGAAAAUCAACCCCGGUAAAGAUUACGCGAGGCUCUCCACGAAACAAAGAAUUCGAAUAGGCAUCAUCAUGUCGAUCGUGUGCAUGGUGGUGGCGGGAUUCGUGAGCGAAGGCGCCGCGAAUUAG